AGGGGAGGUUAGAGGUAGGAAGAGGAAAGUAGAGGCGGCAAAGGGGGAGGAGUCGGUAGCGGCUGGAACCCGGGGAGUCUGUCCGUUGGAGGAAGAUGUCUUCCCGAGGACACAUUGGGGAUCCUGAGUUUCUGACCAAAAGGAUUCCGCAGAACCCAAAGUAUCAGCAUGUCAAGACUAGACUUGACACUGGUAGCAGUAUGACCAAAUAUACUCAGAAACUAGAAGAGAUUAAAAAAAAUUAUAGAUACAAAAAAGAUGAGCUUUUCAAGAGACUGAAAGUUACAACUUUUGCCCAGUUGGUCAUCCAAGUUGCUUCGCUGUCUGAUCAAACACUAGAAGUAACAGCAGAAGAGAUUCAAAGACUGGAAGAUCAUAAUUCUGCCCUUGCUAUUCCUAAUGCUGAAGACAAGACCAAUGGGAAAGGCAGUCCCACUGAGAAGCCACCAAGCCCCAUCCAGUUCAUCAGCAAUGUAGGAGCUGGGGAAUUGAGUCGGUCGACACUACAGAGCGUCAUCAGUGGUGUUGGAGAGCUGGACCUAGACAAAGAGUCACUGAAGAAAACGGAGCCCAACUCUAAAGAUAAACCUUAUCCCGAUUGUCCCUUCCUGCUGCUAGAUGUUCGAGAUAGAGAUUCUUACAAUCAGUGCCAUAUUGUUGGAGCUUACAGUUAUCCAAUUGCCACCUUGUCUAGAACCAUGAACCCUUAUUCAAAUGAUAUUCUUGAGUAUAAAAAUGCCCACGGCAAGAUUAUCAUCCUCUAUGAUGAUGACGAGAGGCUGGCCAGCCAAGCAGCCACCACCAUGUGUGAACGAGGAUUUGAGAACCUGUUCAUGCUUUCUGGAGGUCUGAAAGUCCUAGCCCAGAAAUUCCCUGAGGGACUGAUUACUGGGUCAUUGCCACCGAACUGCCAGCAAGCGCCAACUCCUGGGUCAGCCCGAAAGCGAUCCAGCCCCAAAGUGCAGACUCUGUAUGCUGAGAACAAAUGGAGAUUUACCCCAGAAGAUCUAAGAAAGAUAGAAUAUUAUCUGGAAGAAGAGCAAGUUCCCCUGGAAACCCCUGGCCGAGUGAGCCGUGGCAACUCUUCUGUGAGGGAUCUCAAGGUCACAGGUGGUAAUUCCUCUGGAAGGGAUGCCAAGGUUAUGAGUGUCCGCAGCAGUCAGAGCCUGUCUACUGGGAACACCAUCAGCAACCUGAACCCCCGCUCGCUUAGCAGCGGCUACCUUCAGAGCAAACCCUGGAAGUAAAGACCUUAUCAAACAAAUUAUUUCCCAUUUAUGGGAACCCCCCGAGCACUUCCCAAGUUGCUAAUUUUCAGAAACUUCUUCAGAGGACAGACAGUGACAUGUAUGAUGAAGACCUCCUUGGGGAGGACUGUUAACAGAUGACCCUCUCACAACAUAGAGAUGCGUGACAGGCUCUAGUCUUCCCUGCUGUUUACAGAACAUUGAAAUCAUCAACUUAAAUAGGAGAAGAACUCUCUUUAGUGUCUUUUGUCUUCAAUGUGCUCCAGUCUGUUUAUCUGUAUCCCCAUUUUUCUCCUUGUAUUGUAAAUACUUCGUUCACAUCCUCUGGUUGGUGGCUCCCAGUUAUAUUCUCUUGCCAUUUAUUGUUCUUGAUUUUAUGAAGGAAUCUUCAACCAAGCUUUCAAGAUGACUUCUUUAGGAGUUGUCCCAGGAGCUCCCAGUGAUUCUUAGAGUCCAUCCUCCCAUCCGUCUCCACACCAGGUGUUGACCCACUUCUUGCAAGCUACCUUCCCUGCACAGGAUGCAGGCCAUGAACCUGGGGGCUGGGGGCUAUGGGUAUUGAUCUGCCCAUUUGAGGAUGUAGUGGCAUAGCCCCCCAGAACUUCCUAAGACUUGUCUCUUCACUACAUUUCACUGUAGUGGGCAUUGGUGAUGGUGCUCAGUCGUCAUAGCACAGAGGAGUUGUUUCUGCAUGAGAACCCAAAUGGUUUAUUGGGUUUAAAUGGCAGUCUCCUACAAGGCUCAUUCGUGUUAGUGCACCACUUUUUCCUACACUGGAGCUUCUGGCUGAGGAGGAAAGGGUUAUAUUUCUUUGUCAGUCUUCAGCUCCUUUUGGUCCUUGCUUUCAUCCUCUGUGCCCCGCCCCGCCCCACCCCAUCCUACUUCCUGCCCUAAAUAUACAGUAUUAGUUGAAUUGUGUAAUCUGUCCAAUUCCUUCCUUACUUCUCAUUCCCGUCAUUGACCUCUGAGUUAUGAGAGUAUUGGUUCUGGCUUAGGCUGGAAUUUUAACAAUGUUAACUGAACUGCUCGGUGGCUGACCAAUUCUUUUUAGCCUGUCAAGAAGAUCUUGGCUAAAGGUAAUAGAUUCCAAAAUGUUUAUGACCUGUGAUCUUUAGUUUUGAUACAGAAAUAAUCGUCAUGGCAAUGUGAUUUUUCAAAAUCCAAACCCUCUGUUUUUUUUCUCUUCACAGUCAAGUUCCCCAGGGACACGGCCCUAAGUGGUAAGAGGAUCAAAUGAACAGUUAGACAGUGUUUCAGAGAGGCCUGUGAAGAAACAGCUUCUCUGAAUUAGGGUUUGCUAAAAUGUCACCCUUUGUUUUCAUUUCUUAAAAGUAGCAUUUUCCUGGGUUUAGGAAUCGGACAAACCCAAGAGGGGCGGGGGGAGUGUCAAGCUGUGCUUAAAAAAAUGUUCGAGUUAUCUUAUUAAAAUUCAGCCAAUAUUUUGCUAGAAACGUGUUGCCUAAGACCCUCAAUCAGCUUUUCAACUGAUGCCAAAAUGCUACAGUGUUUAUUUCUUCUUUAAAGCACAGAUAGAAAAAGGCAUUUUUUUCAGCCGUACGUACUCUUGAGAAAAUCGGCUUAUCACAAACGUUGACAAGAUUUCAGCCAUUUGAUGUAAUUUUUUAAGGAAAAAAAAAUCUGUUUUGCUAUAGAACAAAGCCCUCACUACUCUACCGUUUGAGAACGACCAGUCAGGAGUUCGGCUUACCUUCCUGCCCCCAUUUUGAAAGUCAAUCAAUGUACUCCCAUUUCAGUUUUCCCCUUUGUUCUCAUUUGCUCCCAUAACCACAUGACACUAGAUUAUUAGAGAUUUUAUUAUCUGUACAUAUUUUUAUAGAAGGUUAACUGAACCUUUUAGGUUUGCUGCAUGUUUUAAAUUUCAGAGGUACUUAAGAGUUGAAUGUAUUUUAUAAAUAUUUUUGCCUAGGUGUAAUAGUACUCUGGUCCUAUUGAUAGGGCUUUCAGAUUAACUGGGCCUCAGAAGAUCUGUGCUGAUUUUGCACCUCAAGUGUUACUGUCGGACGUUCUGGAUAAGUUUUCAUUUUAUGUUCCAGUUGUUUUUAAUGUUUUCCCUUUAAUAGUUUCCUCAUUAGCUUAUAGGUGUGCUGUAUUGUUGUUCAGUUGAUCAGUGAUACUCUGUGUGAUUAAGAUUGUUUGAAGAUUAAAGUACAAUGCACAGUAAUUAA